AUGAGAGAAAUUGUUCACAUUCAAGCAGGCCAGUGCGGUAAUCAAAUUGGCGCGAAGUUCUGGGAAGUUAUUUCUGAUGAACAUGGCAUAGACCCAACAGGAACAUAUCAUGGUGAUUCUGAUCUCCAAUUAGAAAGAAUUGAUGUCUAUUAUAAUGAAGCUUCUGGAGGCAAAUAUGUUCCCAGAGCUUUAUUGGUGGACCUUGAACCUGGAACAAUGGAUUCUGUUCGAUCUGGGCCAUUUGGACAAUUAUUCAGACCAGAUAAUUUUAUUUUUGGUCAAAGUGGAGCAGGAAAUAAUUGGGCUAAAGGUCACUAUACAGAAGGUGCGGAACUUGUAGAUAGUGUAAUGGAUGUUGUGAGGAAAGAAUCUGAAGGGUGUGACUGUUUGCAAGGAUUUCAACUGACUCAUUCUCUUGGUGGUGGGACUGGAUCUGGAAUGGGUACUCUGCUGAUUUCUAAAAUAAGAGAAGAAUAUCCAGAUCGUAUAAUGACAACAUUUUCUGUUGUUCCGUCUCCUAAAGUAUCAGACACAGUUGUAGAACCCUACAAUGCUACUUUAUCUGUACAUCAGUUAGUUGAAAACACUGAUGAAACCUUUUGUAUUGACAAUGAAGCAUUAUAUGACAUUUGCUUCAGAACGCUUAAACUAACUUCUCCUUCAUAUGGAGAUCUGAAUCAUUUAGUUUCAGCCACGAUGUCUGGUGUCACAACAUGUUUAAGAUUUCCUGGCCAAUUAAAUGCUGAUCUGAGAAAAUUAGCUGUAAAUAUGGUACCAUUUCCACGUUUACAUUUUUUCAUGCCAGGUUUUGCACCUCUCACCUCUAGGGGCAGUCAGCAGUAUAGAGCUCUAUCAGUUCCUGAACUUACUCAACAGAUGUUUGAUGCGAAAAACAUGAUGGCUGCAUGUGAUCCAAGACAUGGAAGAUAUUUGACUGUUGCAGCAAUGUUCAGAGGACGAAUGAGCAUGAAAGAAGUAGAUGAACAAAUGUUGAAUGUUCAGAAUAAAAACAGCAGUUACUUUGUGGAAUGGAUUCCAAAUAAUGUGAAGAUUGCAGUGUGCGAUAUCCCUCCUCGGGGUCUAAAAAUGUCUGCAACAUUUGUUGGCAAUUCAACAGCUAUUCAAGAAAUAUUCAAAAGGAUAUCUGAACAAUUCACUGCAAUGUUCCGCAGAAAAGCUUUCUUGCAUUGGUACACUGGAGAAGGUAUGGAUGAGAUGGAAUUUACUGAAGCAGAAUCUAACAUGAUUGAUUUAGUAUCAGAAUACCAACAGUACCAAGAAGCAACUGCAGAUGAUGAAGCAGAAUUUGAAAAUGAAGAAGAACCUGCUGAUGAGAACUGAUUAUUUUGUAUUAAAAUAUUGUAUUUAGUUUUUCAAAUUUUUUAAUGCCUAUAAUGAAUAAAUUUUUCAAACCUGCAA